AGCAUAUCCAUUAACUCCUAUUGACGCUGGUCUCCAGACCCGGAAGGAUUUUCACGUGUGUGGCAAAGUGUGUUUCCGGUAUAACGUGUGUGUUGAUCGGUGUUCAGCCUUUUUCUCUUGGCUUUCAUUAGAACAGUCAUUCACCUCAGAGUCCCAGCUCACUUGCCUGGUUACCCGUUAACGGCGUUGAAUCUCAAACCGGUGGACAUGGCAUCUGUUUCGGGACCAGCUCAGACAGCCUCUGCUUCGGCUCCUCCUCUGCAAAGAGGAAUCGUGAAGAUGGUCUUGUCAGGCUGUGCCAUCAUAGUUCGGGGUCAGCCUCGAGGUGGCCCACCCCCAGAGCGUCAGAUCAAUCUCAGCAAUAUCCGAGCUGGGGCCUUGGCCCGCCGAGCCGCACAGGGCCAGCCCGACAGCAAGGACACCCCUGACGAGCCAUGGGCCUUCCAAGCCAGAGAGUUCCUGCGGAAGAAGCUAAUCGGCAAAGAAGUGUGCUUCACAGUGGAAUACAAGAAUAUGCACAGGGAAUACGGCAUGGUCUACCUGGGGAAAGACACAACAGGUGAAAACAUUGCUGAGUCCUUAGUGUCCGAAGGCCUUGCCACAGUCCGCAGGGAAGGAUUCAGAGGGAACAAUCCAGAGCAGGCCAGACUGUGUGACUUGGAGGACCAGUCAAAGGCCUCUAAGAAGGGUUUGUGGAGCGAGGGUGGUGGCGCGCAGACUAUCCGCAACAUCAAGUACACCAUAGAGAAUCCCCGCAACUUUGUCGACUCCUUGCACCAGAAACCUAUCAAUGCCAUCAUCGAGCAUGUGCGGGAUGGAAGCGUUGUUCGUGCCUUGCUGCUCCCAGACUACUAUCUGGUCACUGUUAUGCUGUCUGGUAUUAAGUGUCCCACAUUCAAGAGGGAAGGAGAUGGUACAGAAACGCCAGAGCCAUUCGCAGCAGAGGCCAGAUUCUUCACUGAAUCCCGUCUUCUUCAGCGAGACGUUCAAAUCAUCCUGGAGAGCUGCCCCAACCAGAUCAUACUGGGCACAAUCCUUCACCCGAAUGGUAACAUCACAGAACUCCUGCUGAAAGAAGGGUUUGCACGCUGUGUGGACUGGUCCAUGGCUGUUUACACCCAGGGAGCUGAAAAACUCAGAGCUGCUGAACGAUCUGCUAAAGAGCGCAAGGUUCGGAUCUGGAAAGACUAUGUGGCGCCGACAGCCAACUUGGAUCAGAAGGACAGGCAAUUUGUAGCUAAGGUGAUGCAGGUGGUCAACGCUGACGCCAUGGUGGUCAAGCUCAACUCUGGCGAAUACAAGACCAUCCACCUGUCCAGCAUUCGGCCCCCAAGGAAUGAGGGAGAGGAGAAGAACAAGGACAAAGACAAACGCUUCCGUCCCCUCUAUGACAUCCCCUACAUGUUUGAGGCCCGAGAGUUCCUGAGGAAGAAGCUCAUUGGUAAAAAGGUCAACGUGACAGUGGACUACAUCAGAGCAGCUACUGGUCCAGGAGAAGGCACGCCUGCCUUCCCAGAGCGUACCUGUGCUACAGUCACAAUUGGCGGCAUCAACAUAGCAGAGGCUCUCGUAAGUAAAGGCCUUGCCACAGUCAUCAGAUACAGACAGGAUGAUGACCAGCGCUCCUCCCACUAUGACGAACUGCUUGCCGCAGAGGCACGGGCUAUCAAAAAUGGGAAAGGGCUGCACAGCAAGAAGGAGGUUCCCAUCCACAGAGUGGCUGACAUCUCUGGGGAGACACAGAAAGCCAAGCAGUUCCUGCCCUUCCUGCAGAGGGCUGGCCGGUCAGAGGCUGUGGUAGAAUACGUCUUCAGCGGCUCGCGCUUAAAGCUGUACAUGCCAAAAGAAACCUGCCUCAUCACAUUCCUCCUUGCCGGUAUUGAAUGUCCACGCAGUUCCCGGAAUACGCCCGGAGGCGUACAGGUGGCUGAACCCUUUAGUGACGAGGCCAUGCUGUUCACCAAAGAGCUGGUGCUGCAAAGGGAGGUGGAAGUUGAAGUGGAAAGCAUGGACAAAGCAGGGAACUUCAUUGGCUGGCUGCACAUUGAAGGUGUGAAUCUGUCUGUGGCACUGGUAGAAAAUGCUCUGUCCAAGGUGCACUUCACAGCGGAGCGCAGUGCCUACUAUAAAACCCUGGUUGCAGCAGAGGAGGGGUGCCGACAGAGGAAAGAGAAGAUCUGGGCCAAUUAUGAGGAGAAACCAGUGGAGGAGGUCGUGCAUCUUUCAGAGGAGAAGGAGCGCGUGGCAAACUACAAACCAGUCUAUGUCACUGAAAUCACCGACACCCUGCACUUCUACGCCCAGGAUGUAGAGACAGGAAGUCAGCUGGAGAAUCUGAUGGAGACCAUGAGAGCAGAAAUCGCCGCCCAGCCACCAGUGGAAGGAUCCUACUCUCCACGCCGGGGAGACUACUGCAUAGCCAAGUUUGCUGAUGGUGAAUGGUACAGAGCCAGAGUGGAGAAAGUUGAGUCACCGGCAAAGGUCCAUGUCUUCUACAUUGACUAUGGCAACAGGGAAGUUGUGUCAUCCACCCGUCUGGCUCCCAUACCUCCGGCCUUCAGCACAAGGACCCUGCCAGUACAGGCCACCGAGUAUACCUUCGCCUUCAUCCAGGUCCCCCAGGACGAGGACGCCCGUGCUGAUGUGGUGGACUGCGUGGUGCGAGACAUCCAGAACAGCCAGUGCCUGUUGAAUGUGGAGUACUCGGGUGCCACCUGCCCACACGUCACAAUACAGUUUGGGGACACCAAGGAGGACGUGGGCCUCGGCUUGGUCAAAGAGGGCUUAGUCAUGGUGGAUGUCCGCAAGGAGAAGCAUCUGCAGAAGAUGGUGACAGAGUACCUGAACAGUCAAGAAUCUGCCAAGAGUGCCAGGCUCAACAUUUGGCGCUACGGAGACUUCCGUGCCGACGACGCAGACGAGUUCGGUUACAGCCGUUAAAGAAAGGAAAGAUGAAAGAAGAUGCACAAAAAAGAGAACAGACCAUCCAUUAAACACCAUUCCAAAGACCAACAUGGACGGCAAGUGAUGCUUCGGACAGAAGAUGAACUAAACAACAAGCUCGCGACUCACUCUUCCCUCAUAUUUAGCAUUUCAACCCUCCCAUCUGGCUUUUCUUCUUCUCUUACAUCUUGUCCUCCUGCUAGCCCCAGUAGCUCCAUAUAGAGCAUGCUAGCAAAGCUAUAAGAAAAAAUAAUUAUCAUGCAAGAAUCACUUUCCUUUCGUCCUUUAGUUUCCCUAAUCAGCGGCUGCACUAUUGCCGGUCCGUUAUUUGCCACACUAUCCUCUCAGCAGUACCUGUGUGAAUGAUAAUAAGUGAUGCCUACGUAUGUGUUUCAGCCAGUCAUCGACUUUGCUCUCUGACACUCUAGCCCAAGCCCUGCUUUCCUCUUUACUCGGAAGGGAACGUCUGUUUCGCAGGAAAAAGCUCAAUUUUUUUUUAAUCUUUGUUUUUUUAAGCAACAAAUGCUUCCCUAAUGAAUUUCUUGUAAAUGUGAGGAUAUGUUGAAAGGUGUAUAUUGCUUUGUUUUAGAAAAGUGCUGUAGGUGAAGCCACACAGACUUGAAAAGAAAAAAACAAACAAACAAAAAAAAAAAGGAUGAAUUAUUUUUGUCUUCAGUGUAUAUCUGUGUGAUUAUGACAUUUGCAGAUGUUUUUGUGGGGAGUGUUUCGUCGUUUAUUCACUGUCACACUUUUAUGACCAGUAAAUAUCGAUGCCUUCACGUGGCAUUUUAUCAUCUCUUCUUCUGUAAAGUUUACAUUCUGAUAACGGUAAUGAUCCUGUCUCUGGCAGUCUCUUCUCUUCCUGUCUCUGUAUGCCAUGGCAGAUACAGUGUUUGAAUUUGUUUCCACAUAAUGGACCUUUGCAUUCUAUUAAAAAUCUGAUGAAUAAAAAAUAAGCAAAUUAAA